UCGAGUUGCAAUUUCUAAUCAAUUGGAAUUGCGGAACUUGAUUUUGGUGGAUUCAUACAUUUAAUUUUUUUUGUUUGUUUGAGUCCUAUUCUUGAUGUGCGGAAAAGGAAGGCGGUUCGAUUGAGCAAAGAUGUCGACUCCAAACGUCGCCAAAUUAACAAUGGAUGUGGGAUUGGAUAAUGAAACAUGAGCCGGUGGUUUCAAGAAAGAAAGUUGCUCGCGUCCUAUUUUCCGUCAACCUCUUCGCCGCGGCUACCUGUCCCCUCUUUUAGGCUGUCGUUCAUAGAGCUAAGAACUCAAAAUAUUCAGCUGAUGAGGAUAUGGAGGAGACAGAUGUUAAAGAUCCAAAUUUAAAGCAAUCUCUGGAGUCUGCUACUUCUCAGAUUAGCCAGCUAGCUCUUUCUAAUAGUCCUACUGGUAAAUCUUCACUGAAUUCUAUUGUGGGAUCAGAUACGGCCAAUGCAGGUGUAGAUAUUGACUUUUUGACUUUUUAUGUCUGUACAUUGAUGAUUUGGUUUCUUAGCAAGAGAGUAAUAUUAUUACCUCCAAAAUUUGGAGAUCUGAAGUUUGGGGUCUAUUUAAAAUCUGGUGGAUUUCUGAUUGGAAGAACUGUGGCUGUUUUGAUAACUAUGACGAUUGGGACCUCGAUGGCUGCUCGUCAAGGUCCUCUAGCUAUGGCUGCUCAUCAAAUCUGUAUGCAAGUGUGGUUGGCUGUCUCUCUUUUAACUGAUGGAUUGGCCGCAUCUGGUCAGGUCUACACUCCGAGGAAUGCGCCUAUACUAGUGAGGAAAUUGAUGUGGUUCGUGAGCAACGGGCUAAGUGUUUUACCCGCAAGUAUUUACUAUUGGCUUGAGCGCGCUUGAUCGAGGUGGUUUAGUUGUUAUAGAACAAUCGUUUCCAUUAAAAUGUAUGCGUACAUUGAAAUUGGAACGUAUAUUUGAAUGUAGUACGUGCACUUUGGU